AUGGAUCCACUAGUUGCUUCACUUAAGAAUUAAGUAAUUACUAACUUAUACGGAACUUCAAGCAAUUUAAAAGUUGAAUAGCUUUAAGAAUAGAUAGAUAAUUUUGAUGGGUUACUGGAUAUGGUUUAGAAUCGAGACGAAUUUAGCCUAAAUAGCAUUAACAAUAAAACUGCUUAUGCAGUAAUGAACGGUUCGUAAUUCGAAGACUCUCUUAUUGAAAAUAAUUCGAAAAACUAACUGAGUAAUAAAUUUAAGAAGAAAAAGGAUUAUAAUUAGAAAAACUUAAAAACCAUUACGAGCAACAAUGAUUAGAACAGAGAUGAUGAAGAUCAGGGACUGACUAGUGAGCAUUAUAUUCCAGGAAAAAAACUUCCACAAAUCGUUGUUAAAAACUAAAGUUUAAAGAAUGACACCUCAGGUGAUAUAAGGUCUUACAAAAGUACGCGUCCUAACAAUUAAGUUAAGUUUUCAUAAAUUUUGGAGGAUGAUGUUGCUGAUAAAUAAGCAAAGUACACUGAGAACAUUCCAGACUAAUCAUAGGAUCAAAUAACUGAUAAUGCCAAAUACUCUUACUACAUUAAUGAUUAGGAGGAGACACCUUUUUCUAAAUAUGUUAAAUCUAUGUCAAGCUAAAGCUAAAAUACAUAUAUAGCACCCUUUAGUAUGAAAGGUAGAUCUAAGGAUAAAGAAGAUCAAUAAAUUCUUGAUGAUUCAUCAUCUAAUAGUAAAGAUAAGUUAGAAGAAUAGCUAAACUCAGGAGUCGAUAAAAGCCUAUCUUAAGCUAUAGACUAAAAUGACAAUAAUCAGGAAGACCCAUAUCUAUACUAUAUUGAGGAAGAUAAUGAUAAGAGUCUUUGCAUGGAGGAUUAGCUUAUCGAAUAGAAAAUCAGCAGUACAUUUGAUAAUGCAAUAGAUCAGGAUGAGCAGGAAGAGGAAAUACUUCAACCUUCUAGUAUGAUGGAAUCUCCUGAUUAAAAGAUUUAAUAUACUACUCUUGAUAACUAGUAAGAAGAACUGAAAGUAGAAGAUAGUCCAGAUAAGGUUAAUAAGCAGUAAUAGAGUCCAAAUGAUAUUGAUUAAUCCUAAUUGGUAGAGAAUAGUAAUGCUGAACAAGUAUUAUAAAAGACUUAAGAUCAGAGGGUGUCUGUAUUUGGUAAUUAUGAGUAAUAAGUAGAAAAUUAGAUAGAAUAUUAACAACUGCCAGAAGUUAAUGAUGAUAUUGAAAACUGCUUUAAUUAGCAAGAAGAAUUUGAUGAGUAAUUAUAAGUAAAUAAACAAGAGUCUUAAGUAAAAUUUGAGAAAUAAGCAUCAUUUGGAGCUAUUUUAGAUGAAUAAUAAAUUAAUGAUUAGGAAAAUGAAAAUUUGGCACUUAACCAGAAAAUUGCUGCUGAGUAUAUCAAAUAGCUAUUUCAAUCAGCUAAGGAAAAAUUUGAUGCUUAAUUUAAGGUCUAAAAAAUUCAAACUGUCAAGAUAAAAUAAAAAAGAGUCUAGAAGAGUGGGACAUUAUUACUUGAAGGAGCAUCACAGUAAGCUCCUACAAAUGAUAUGUAAGACUAACAAAUAGUUGUUAUGGAAGAAAGCAAAUAGGAAUUUCAUGAUUAAAGUCAAGAAAUUCAAAUGAAUGAAAGUUAAAGUUAUUAAUAAAUUGAAUAAGUCUUACAAAAAUAGGAAUCAACUCGAUAAGUCUAAUAGACUACACAAGAAGAAGCUUAAAUUAAUGAUGUAUCUAACUAAGCAUCUCACAAAGGUGCUAUUGAGCUUAAUAAUGAUGAUAAGAUAGAAUAAGAAGAAGAAAAAGGAUAGGAUUAAUUUUUAUUAGAAGACGAUUUGUAAUAAACACAGGUAGCAGAUUAAAAUUAAGAAUAAUUUUAGUCACAAAUCCAUAUACAAGACUAGUUUUGCCAAUAAGAAUCAUAAUAAGAAGAUAUUGAUGGAGACAAGUAAAAUUUUAUAUAAGAUGAUCCUAGUAAUGAUGAAUAAGUUUCUAAGAUUUAUAUGAAAGAAAUAAUUGAGUAAAAUGUAGCUAUUAGGAAUAUAGAUCUUAAUGACUCAAAAUAAAGCUAGACUGAGCAUUUCGAUUAAUACGUCACAGUUUAAGAUAUAAAAUAAUUAACAUAAAUGUCUUCUGUUGAAAUAGAGGGUUAAGAGGUUCAUACAUUUGUCUAACAAGAAAAUAAUCAAAUGAAUAGUCUACCCAAUAUGGAAUAUCUAGAUAAUGCCCCAGAGAUAGACUUCAAUCCCUAAUAAUCCUAAUAGAACUAAACUGAUCGCAAUUCCUAUCAACAAAUAAUAACUUCAUAAAAUUAGCAUCAAGAUAUGUCUCAUUAGCAAGAAUCAAAUGUAAAUAUGAAUCAAGAGGAGGAAGUUGGAGCUGUUUUUAAUACUCAGAGUCCUAGAUCUUAAGUAUCAUAAGAAAAUCUAAUAUAAAAUGAGGAGUAGUUUGAACCAUUGUCGUUAUAAGAAGCAAAUCCUUAUCAUUCAUAGAAUUCUCAAAUCGAAAACUCUAUAUGA